AUGAUGACCAGCUCCGUGGUGCGGCAGAUGGCGCUGUGCCCGAGCUCGUAUUUCUUCUCGCUGGCGCUGGGCGCACGGGCAAUUGCCAUGUGGCGUGGGAGAGGGCUGCUCGCGCAGAGCAAAGACGCCUUUGAGACGCUGAGACGGUCCUUGCAGGCGCUGGAUGGGCGGACAGACAACACCGACACGGACAUGGAUCUGUGUGAAGUGAAUUACCACGCACACCGCACCGCUACUGUCGCUCUCUCCCAUCGUGUCCUCGACAAUGCCACGGGGACACCCUCCAACUUCGACGCCGUCAUGAGCUGUCUGGAAGAGCGCACGAGGGCCGGGGACCUCGACGUCGUGGAGCUUGUGAGUCGUGCCACGCCCGUGAAGGACGAAUUGGUGACACGCGUCACUCGGCUCGAGGCCGCUGCCGACAAUAGCACCACUGCCUCUGGCGCCUCAAAGAGAGCCUCUGGUCGCGGUCCUCUGCCACUGGAUUUCUUGUUCCCAGCAUACCCGUACCACCGCGACGAAGCAUCUGCACAAACGAUAUUGGAGCAGACGGCCCUAAUCACCCGGAUCUGGGCCCACGCCGCACUGGCUUACCUCUCCGUCGUCCUCUCCAGCUGGCAACCCUCGAGCAGCGACAUACGGCACCACGUCUCGCGGACCAUCGAGCUGCUCCUGAUUCUAUUGACGCCGCAACACCACACGGUCCCAUAUCCGUCUCCGUCCGCGUUCCCGCCCGCGUUGCUGCGCACUGUGGUCUGGCCGUUCUACGUGGCCGGCUGUCUCGCACAGUCACCGGAGCACCACGCCCGUCUACGCGAACUGGUCGAGCCGCUCCAGACGCCGAGCGUGUUUGGGACCGUAUACAAGGCGCUCGUGAUCAUGGAGGGCGUGCGGCCGAGAAGAGAGACGGGACGUGUGUUCGAGGGAAUGGGAAUGAGCAUGGCCGAGUCGGCUGGACCAACUAGAUCGGAUACAUUGCUCGGUUUAAAGCUCGAUGGGGUAUUUGCAGCCAACCCGACCCAGUACGCCGACGCGGCCUUGCCCAUCCCCAGGGUCAUCAUCAUCGGCGACGGCACGACGCUCACGUUGAGGAUAUUGCCCGUGUAUAUGAACGUCUUGUUCGUCGGGCCCUUCUCUCUGGGCAACGCAGUCCACCCGCCCACGGCCUGCUGCGCCGCGACACACGCGCACGACAGCGUCCAGAGGCGUCGAGAAUAUCGAGUCCCAGCGAGCGAGUCAUCUCAGAGUACGAAGUCCAAGAUCCCACAUGCCGCGCGAUAUACAAAGUGGACCAAUUGGUGGAUCGAGGAGUGGAUCAGUAUAAAGUAUUCAAGGCGCGCGGUAAGGAAUCCACUCGGCGCUUGUAUCACCCAAGCAGGCCCUGAGUAG